AUAAAAUAGUAUAUAUGAACUAACAACUAGAAGUUGGAGUAAAUCGAUUCAACAAGGUGAUUACUGUUCAGCGCAGCGCAGAUUAACAUUAAAAUAACCCAGGACUUCAGAAGAAGAAGACGAAGAAGAAGCAUGUCUAAUGAAAAACUCUCCAGAAUUGAUUCAAUCGAUGAUUCAGACAAGGUGCGUCAAGCAAUACACGACACAGUGCAGAGUGAAAGUCGACGGACAUCAUUCAACGCUGCCACGACGCAUUCUAGAAGACAGAGUCGGUUUAGUUUUGCUUCACGUAAAUCGAUAUUCGGAGGACAUGGUUCAUUAUCUGGGAUGUUACGUGGUGGUGUUGGUGUUGGAGGGAAUAAGGCAAUAAAAUAUGAGAAUACGUAUCAAUUGAAGCCUAAACCAACUGAAGGUGUGAAGCAGAAGCAGCUGGAAAAUUUAAUUCGCAGCACAUUGAAUAGCACACUGAAAGACGUUGUCUAUGAACCCCAACAAGCACGUACUCUUUCCAUGAAUCUAGCUAAUAUGAUAAGAAAGAAUGCACGUGAAAUGAACACACUGUCAAGGUAUAAAUUUGUUGUGCAGGUUCAUAUUGGAUCACCAGAACAUGCCAGUGUAUUUAUUAGUAGUCAAGCUGUCUGGAAUGUUGAAAUGGGUGAUACAUACGCCUCGGCUACAUUCUCUAAUUCAAAAGUAUACGCUGUUGGUAUUAUCUAUGCUGUGUAUUUUGAAUAAUACAUAAUAUAAUGAAAUAAAAUAAAACAAAAAAUAUAAUGCAGAUUAGUGACUGUCAAAA